AUGACGACAAGAUCACGUUCUGAGCAUAGCGAAAACGGUAUUGAUAAGGAUAACGAAGAUUCAGAUGAGCGAAUCAGUUUGGCGGAUUCUGAUUUUGGGGGAAGUGUUGCCACCAGUGUGAGUAGUGGUAGUAGUAACAACGAGAAGGAUGAUUUAGAGAUGUUUUCUGGCAAUAACUUUGUGUCUUUGGAUCCUCAAAGGGAGGCGGAGGAAGGAAUUGAAGAAGAUAAUAUUAUAGAUACGUCGAUCGACGGAAGAACUCAUAGAAGAGCCGCUAAGAGUGAUUUGGAAAGAAGAAAGAGGAAUACGGAAGCAUCUGCCAGGUUCCGGAUCAAGCGCCGAUUAAAAGAACACGAGAUGUCAGAGAGGCUAUCAAAGAUGUGGUCUCAUAUUUCGGAGAUGAAAAUUAAAGUCAAGACGUUGGAGAUGGAGAAUCAGUGUUUAAAACGGAUGCUUUUGGGAGAUACGGGUAUGGCUGUGCCGCGAGAUGGUGUGGAACGUAGUACACGCACCGGGAAGGCUCUCGACAAACUUUCGUUGAGUUCUCUGUCAAAUUACGAGUUGUUAAAUCUCAUUAAGCAGAAAACCAGCGAGAGCUUUAAGAUCACAAGUAUUUGA